AUGAAGCUAAUAAUUUGUGUAAGCAUUUUGGCCGUAGUGGCCUUUGUUAACUGCCAUCCCGCUUUGGACGUACUAAAUGGUGAAGAGACCUUAGAAGGUGUUGAUGCCAAUGCUGGAGUCGAUUCGAAUGUUAAUGCUGAUGCCGAAUUAAUACGUCGGACUCGCAGUUUUGGUGGUGGUCGUCGCUGCUGUGGAGGUGGUGGUUAUGGUGGUGGUGGAUAUGGUGGCGGUGGUUUUGGACGUAGACCUUAUGGUGGUGGCGGUUAUGGAGGUGGCGGCGGCUUUGGUGGUAGUUACUCCUCUGCUAGAGCAUCAGCCUCUAGUGGUAGCUUUGGAUUUGGCAAAUAG